AUGUCUCUUGUUCUUUCCGACAACCUGGCUCCUCAGCCCAUGACUGAUAUCUUCACCGAUGACACCAACAUCGACCGUCGCAAGUGCCACCGCACUGUGCCCAUGAAGGUGCUGGCCCUCGGCGUCGGCCGUACCGGUACUGCCUCCCUCCGCAAGGCCCUUGAGCGCAUGGGCUACACCAAGUGCUACCACAUGAUGUGUGCCAGUGUAGAGAACCCCCCGGACUGCCUCAUGUGGCAUGAUGCCCUGAACGCCAAGUACAAUGGCGAGGGCGAGUUUGGCCGUAAGGAGUGGGACCAGCUUCUGGGAGAUUGCCAGGCCGUCUGUGACUGGCCUGCUUGUGCCUUCGCUAAGGAGCUGAUUGAGGCUUACCCCAACGCGAAGGUCAUCUUGACCACCCGCGACGUCGACCCCUGGCACGCGUCUGUCAUGAAGACCGUCUUCUGGCGCGUCAGCGAUCCUGAGCACAAGUUUGUGUCGAACUUUAGCUGGGCCGCCGGCAUGUACUACCCUAUGCUCAACAAGUUCUUCGAGACCUUCUUCCGCGGAGACUUCCCCGGCAAGGGCAAGCAGGUGUACGAGGAGCACGUCGCCGAGGUCCGCAGCCUCGUCCCCAAGGAGCGUCUCCUGGAGUACAACAUCAACGACGGCUGGGGUCCCCUGUGCGAGUUCCUCGAGGAGGAGACUCCCGACACCCCCUUCCCCCGUGGUAACGACAUGGCCGACUUCUACAAGCGCUGCAGUACCCGUAACCGUCACCAGAUGAUGAACGCCGCUCUCCAGGCCGUCACCGUUGGCGGUACUCUCCUGGCUACUGGCCUCGCUGCCACCAUGGCCUUCAAGCACUUCACCCGCUUCUCCCGCUAA